GUCUGUGUGGCCGUGUGGCGUUCUCAAGCGCAGCAGCGGCACAUUACACAGUAGCGCUCGGCGGUUUGUCGCGAAAAUUUUUGAAAAGUUUCCGCGUCCUCGGCCGUCGCCAGACUCAAAGCCCUAAUAUCCUAAUAUGAAAGUUAGUCGUUCGUGAUACAGUGCGCUCCGAUCACACCGGCAGCUUAAUGCUCAUCAUUAGGAGGGCUAUAUCGCGCCGCGCGCACGCACACACAUACCUGUACUUAUUUCAGAGAAUUUGUACUCGCGUGCAUGAGUCGAGUACCUACACACGCGCAUCAACACAACGACUUUAAGAAAGGACCGCGACGGCUAUUAAGGCGACACACGAUUGCGCGUACACAUACAAGAGUGCGAAAGCGAUUCUGUGCUAAAGUGUCGAUAAAUUAUCCAUCCCCCGUAUAAGCCAUCUCGUAUGCGGCGAAAAAGGCGCGCUUCGAGGUUAGCUCCGCAACGUCGAAGAUGAGCAUUAGUCGCCAGCAGUACCAGCAGCAAUUGGCAGCGGCUGCCGCAGCUAAAUCAAAACGCGCCUACGUCCUUGUGCCCAGUGCGUUGUUGAUUUGCCUGUUGCUUUACAAAGCUUGGGGCGUCGUACUGCUAGUUACCUGCGCCCUAGUGCUCGUUUCGCACACGUGCUACUCGCUACUUUAUAAAGACUGUCUCUUCGAUCCUCGCAGUUUGUUGCUCAUCAAGUACGUUGGAGAGCUGAUACUAGAGUUGAUUGUCAUUUUGAAGCUGCUGACAAUUACCGGCUGGUCCACCAUCAAACAUACGAAUCAGCUUGUCAAAAGGUGGUUAGAGCAAAGAAACGAAACCUGGAAAUUAGCCAAUAGAGAGGACGAGGAUACUAUAGAGAUGAACGGGAGACGCAGUUCCUACAGACUUAGUACUUCAGGUACAGAAUUUACCAACAAAGCUAGUCCAAUUAAUACAGGAUCAUAUCAAUCAUUUGCUUUGAAUGGAUCUUGUGACGCUGCCAGGACUUCUACUCCAAUUGCUAAAGGAGUUGGUCCACAUUGGAGAAAAGAUCUUAAACCCAAUGGAUCUAUUGGCAUUUUUGUGGACUCCCCAAUGCCUAAAAAACCUUCAUCUCUAGCUAAUGAGAAUAGAUAUUCUAAUGUUACGAGUAGAGGAGACACUGCAAAGUACUCUCAAAUGCCAUCAUGGGGUUCAACCAGCAGUCCUAAAAUCAGAGAAAAAGGGCAUGGAGUUAAAACAGUUCAAACUGUUGCCGGACCACUUUUAGCAUCAACUAGGUACAACGUUGAUCCCAAGGUUUAUAUAGACAUCAAUUCUCCUGGUAUUACAAGUAGGUUGAGCAAAUACGCUACAGAAGCCGGUAAUAAAUUGACACAUCAACCUCAAUAUGGAACUGGCCAAUUUCCCAGAGUAAAUCUCAAUGCAACUCCUAUGCCAGUGUUGAGUCCUAAAGUGUCAAGAUCAAUUUUACCUGUCACUGUGAGAGUAGCUCCACCUGAAUCAAAUUAUCCUUCUGUAGAAACACAAAAUCAGCAAGAAAGGCUCAAAUUAUACUCAGGUUCAUCCUUGGAAUUAAAUGACCCUAAACCUUCAACCAGUGUAUCACAAGUUCUCAAAGAAAUCUCUCUUAAGCGCCAUGCUUCAAGAGAAGAUAUAAUGUUAGAUUUAGUGAAAAAGCAGAGAACCGAAAGAAUUUCAGAAGGUCAAUUAGAGAGUCUUGAAGAAAUGAUGCAAAAGCGAGCCAGGGAAGAUUCAUCAUUAGCUUCUGAUGAGGACGAUUUGCCCUCUCAAUCUAAAAUGCAAAGACCAUUAAAAAGACAAAAAGCUUCCUCUUGCCAUGACAUCUUGAACUCACUUAGUUCAAGUGCUAGCAUACUUUCUGGGGUGAAAAGGAAAGCAACAGAUCUAUCGCAGUGCAAUACAGAAAAGCAUUUCAAAUUAGCCAGUCAAUCACCAAGCACAAGUUUUUCUUUGACUACAUCUGCUUCUAUAGAAGAAUCACCCAAGUCUAAACGUCAGUUGAAUGUUCAAGUACCAACCACGAAUAACAUUUCAACUGAAUCAACUAAGUUAAAACAGAAAUCUACAAAUUUGGAAUUGAUCAGUACGGAGAGUCCAAAGAACAAUAAAUCCCAAUUUAAAAAGUCAAUAGAUUCACCAAAGAAACUUGAAUCAAAACCAGUUAGCCCUGUAAUAAAAAAAGCUGAAAAAUUAACAGAUAAAUUGUUCAUGAAACCAGAACCUCAAAAUGUUGACAAAAUUAAAAGCUUACAGUCUGAUAGUGUGGAAUCAAAAUUCAAAACUAAUGACAAAGAUGAAAUAAGAAAAGAAGAUAUAGUCAAUAUGAGGACAAAUAGUAUGAGGCAAAGGCUACAAAGCAUGUUUGAUGCUAUUUCUGGGAAAACAACUAGCAAAAUCGAUCCGGAUCUUGUUAUUCAAGCUGAUGAACUCAAUACGCCUUCUGAAACAUCUGCUUUCACAAGUUUAACUUCUACAACAUCAACUACGACUGUUAACACAUCGCCAAUAACGACUAAUAUUGUUCCUAUUUUAAAAAGUGAUGUGGAAGUAAAAUCACCUAUCAGAAAAACCGUAACGUUCAACUUACCAACUUCAAGUGCCACAAGUGAUUCACAAACAAGUAGCACAACAACAACAAAUACAAAUACAGAUUCAAAACCAACACCUACGUUUAGUUUUAAUGCUCCAACCACUAGUGCCUCUACAGGCUUUAAUUUCUCUUCAAAUAACACCGCAGCUAGCACAACUUCAGCUACAACCAAACCUUCAACAACAACUGGUUUUACAGUAUCUUUCCGUGGUACUACUACCACUGCUACUACAACAGCUACAUCGCCUGUUUCUUCAAGCGCAUCAUCGCCCGUUUCAAACAUGGCGAAUACGAGUGCAGUACUUAGUUUUGGAAAUGCUAAUGUUAACAGUUCUACAAAAACUUCAAUUGAGCAACCUCCUAGCAGUAAUUUAGGAAAAAUUUCUAAUGAAAAAAAAGAAAGUGGAUUUUCAUUUGGAGCCUCAGCUAGUACAGCAGCACCCACUUCAACAACCGCACCACCAGCUUUUGGUUCAUCAAAUUCGACGCUCAUGUUUUCCGCAGGUAGUUCCGUGACACCAGCCACGACUUCACGAGUUACUGUAACAACUGCGUCAUCAGAGACCCAAAAACCAGCGAUUUCAUUUUCAUUUGGUGCCAGUACACCUGCAGCCACUACUGCUUCUAAUUCGGGAUUUUCCUUUGGAGGAACUGGUACUACAACGAGUGCUUUUAGCGCACCAACCAAACCAGCUUCAGAAGCAUUUGCUGCGCCAAACAAUACACAAGUAUCGAAUCCACCAUCGUUUGGUACCACAGGAAAUACGACUGGAUUUGGUGCUCUAACUACCAAGACAGCGCCAUCAGCAUUUGGCACUCCAUCUUCUUCGGUUGGAUUUGGUAGUUCAGUUACAACAACUUCAUCAACUUUUGGAUCUACUGCAUCUGGAUUUGGCAGUUCGACUACGCAAAAUACCGUAUCAUUUGGAAACGCCAAUACAACUGCUCCUCCGGCAUAUGGUACAUCAACAACGACAUCAGCAAUGUCAUUCGGGAAUCCAUCUACUACGACCACCCCGGCAUUUGGAAUUUCGUCUCCAGCUAAUCCAUCGACAUUUGGUUCUGUAACAAAAUCUUCGUUAUUUGGGAAUUCUGCAACUACUGCACCUAGCCUAUUCUCAAACUCAACAACGACAACUGCAAGUAGUUCAAUGUUCAAUGCUCCAACUACUAAUACCACGGCUUCAAUAUUUGGAUCACAAAAUAAACAAGAAACCACUGGCUUCGGCAGUGUCGCUUCAAAACCCAACAUUGCCUCGUCAACUCCGAGCUUAUUCAAUGCUCCAACAACAUCUACAUCCAAACAACCUACUAUUACAAGUAUGUUUUCGGCUCCUGGAGGUUCGAGUUCAUCAAAGCAACCUACCAUUACGAGUAUGUUCGGUAAAACGAACUCUCAAGCCACUCCUACUACCACUGCACCACCAGCAUUUGGUAGUACUGCAUCUUCUAGUAUUUUUUCUGGAAGUAACAGUACUAAUGCUUCUACUGCAAGUCCUAUAUUCGGAGGUACAUCUUCAUCUUCGACCAUUCCGAGUGCUACUAACAAUUCGAGUAUUUUCGGACAAAGUAAACCUCUAACUAAUUCUGGAUUUGGAUCUCCCGCACCAACUUUCGGCUCAGCGCCUGGAUCGUCUGCGUUCUCCGCACCGACCUCUAAUGCUUUCUCAGUGGGCGGUACAAGUACUAGUAAACUUCCAACGUUUGAUAUUAUAAAAUCAGGAAAUUCUCCCGCUUUUGGAGCACAUACCAGUAAUCAGUCAACUACACCAUCAAUUUUUGGUAGCAAUACUGGCUUUGGUUCAACGACAGCGGCACCACCAGCAUAUGGUGCGUCAACUGGAACCAGUUUCGGGGCUGCAUCAACAACACAGCAGACAACUUCACCUUUUUCUGUUCCAGCAACAACCGCAGCCUCAUCAGCUAGCUCUUUGUUUGGAAACGCUGCUAGUAAUUCCACUAGUUCUUCAUUUUCGUUCAGUGGUAAUCAAGCAUCGCAACAACAACAACAACCAACUUCGUCCUUUUCAUUUGGUGGCUCCACUGGAAACAGUGGAAGUAAUGUAUUCCAAUUUGGUGGAGCUUCCAAUGCAGCUAAACCAGCUUCAAGUGGAUUCAAUUUCUCUGCUCCAACUGGAGGACCAACUAUUAAUUUUAGUGGCUCUACUCAACAACCACCAGCAUUUAAUGCACCUGCACCCGCGGGAAAUAUGUUUAGUAUAGGCUCAGGAGGUAGCUCUACACCUCGUUCGCGUUCUGCUCGCCCAACAAGGCGACAAAGAUGAUGGAGAAUGUAAAAAAUCUUCCUUUGUAAGAAAUUUGCAUUGAUAUGAUGCAAGUCGUUCUCUGUGGUUUGAAAUGCAUCGACUAACUCUUAGGAUUAUUUUAUUCAAAUGCUUACGUUCUUUUGUAAGUUUGUUUUUCUAAUAUUAUCACAAUUUCCAAGGCUCAACAUAUAGGUGUGUUGCAGGAAAAAAUUUCACAUUUUUUAAUCGCGUGAUAAAUAUUUUUUGAAUACUAUACUUGAAGAAUUUAAAAAUACUAGUCUCUUAGAGUGCCCAUCGAUAUGAUUGAGCCUCGCCUAUGUAAAUAAAAUAGAAAAAACUAGAGGAAGUUUAUAAAAAGAAUUUGUACAACUCAUAAGUAAAUAUCAACUAAAUGAAUGAUUCCUCCUACAUGAAUAUACUGCAAAAAAAUGACAUAAGCAGUAAUUUUAACUUUGUAUCGUUACGUCGAAUUUGAAGCUUUGAUAUUCACUUACUUGUUGAAUAUAAUCUUAGAUGAUUUUCAAGUGAAAUGAAAUUUGUCUUAUGACUAGAUAAUUGUUUAUUGUAAUUUAUUUACCUGUAAAUUGUUUAAAUAAAUAAGGAGGAAUGAUUCGCUGGUUGGGAUGUAAUUAUUAUGUAUAAUAAUGUUAUGAAAAAUGGUAUAUCUUAAGCAUAGAUUAAUCAAUUGCAACUGUAUACAUUUAUUAUAUUAACUUAUCUUAACAUGCCAAAUUUUAAACUCUUUACCAUUACAAACAUCUAAAAAAAAUUGGAUGUUCUGUUACAUUUUCGUUGAUUAAAAAGUUAUAAACACAUGACAUGAAUGCAAAGUGUUAUAGUGAAAAUGGUAUAGGACUGAGUGAUUUAUGCGCGUGUGACUCUGUCAGUUUUUAAAUUUUUGAAUGAAUAUUAAAAAAUGUUAUGGUAGUAUUGUUUAAAUAUUGCCUUUAAGCUAACACUAUCGAAUAUCAUAGAAAUAAAAAUGUAUUCACCGAUUGUUGAAACAAAAGCAGGUUUUUUCGUUCAUUUCUUAAAAAUGUACUUUACAAUCAAAUUGAAUAUUAUACAUUAUUUUUUAUACUACAUUGAUGUAAGAUAGCAUAAAUAAUUGCGUGAUAACGAGGCAUUUGAAAAAAAAAAUAAACUUCGUUCAUAUAAAAAA